AUGGAUGAAUAUUAUGAGCCUUUUCUCACACUGUGUCCAGUUCCAGCAGUGUUUUCUAUGGAGCCAUGUGUUGAACUGAGAGAGUCUGACAUCCGCUUCAGGAAGGGCUGCACUGUAAGGGCCUCGACCCUCCCCAAAGACAAACAGUCCCCCUCCCUUCGUCCCCGGCCUCCCUGCUUCACCCUUGGCCUCACGCAGCACCCACCGCCCCGAGUCGAGGAGAUACAGCCACUUAUCUGA